AUGAAGGGGAGGUUUCUCGCGGUGACGCAGUUCUCACCGACUCACGCUAGAAAGGCCUUCCCGUGUUUCGACGAGCCCAUCUAUAAAGCCACAUUCAGAGUGAGUCUGAAACACGAGAGCUCGUAUCAGUCGCUGUCUAACAUGCCAGUGGAGGCCUCGACGUCUGACGAGGACGGAUGGGUGACCAACCAUUUCUCCAGGACGCCCCGCAUGUCCACGUACUACCUGGCCUGGGCCGUGUGCAACUUCACCUACAGAGAAGCAGUAACAGACAGUGGAGUUGUGAUUCGGCUGUACGCCAGACCUGACGCCAUCCAGAGCGGAUCGGGGGACUAUGCUCUGCACAUCACCAAGAGACUCCUGCACUUUUACCAGGAUUACUUCAAAGUGAAAUAUUCCCUCCCUAAAUUAGAUCUCCUGGCAGUGCCGAAGCAUCCGUAUGCAGCCAUGGAGAACUGGGGCCUGAGUGUGUUUGUGGAGCAGAAGAUCUUGUUGGAUCCUGACGUCUCCUCCUUCUCCUAUCAGAUGGAGCUCACCAUGGUGGUGGUGCACGAGAUCUGCCAUCAGUGGUUUGGGGAUCUAGUCACACCGGUUUGGUGGGAGGACGUUUGGCUGAAGGAGGGAUUCGCUCAUUAUUUCGAGUACAUCGGUACUGAUUUCCUCUUUCCAAAGUGGAACAUGGAGAAGCAGAGGUUUCUGACUGAUGUUCUUCAUGAGGUGAUGUUACUGGACGGUUUGGCCAGUUCUCAUCCGAUCUCUCAGGAAGUGUUUGAAGCCACAGACAUCGACAGAGUGUUUGACUGGAUCGCGUAUAAGAAGGGAGCCGCUCUGAUCCGAAUGCUGGCUAACGUCAUGGGACAGCCACUAUUCCAGAGAGGCCUCAAUGAUUACUUGAUGACGCACAUGUACGGGAAUGCAGCAAGAGAUGACUUGUGGAACAAAUUCUCAGAGGCCAUGCAGCGGGAGGGAAAGGACAUCAACAUCACGCAGGUCAUGGACCGCUGGACCCUGCAUAUGGGUUACCCUGUCGUCACCAUUAGCAAGAACGUCAGUCUUGACAACAGUGUCACCAUCUCACAAGAGCAGUUCGUCUAUGACACCGACGCCAAGAUCCAGAAUCCUGAGCUGUUCAACAAAAGCUUCCAGUGGCAAAUACCGCUGACGCUCGCAGUGGGAAACUCCAGUCACAUAUCAACAGAGACCAUCGUCUGGGUCUCCAAUAAAACAGAGACGCACAGAGUGGGUCACAUGGGCAGCGAGACGUGGUUGCUGGGCAACAUCAAUCAAACGGGCUACUUCAGAGUGAACUACGACCUUCACAACUGGAGACUUCUCAUUCAACAGCUGAUGACCAACCCAACGAUCAUCUCUGUGGGCAACAGGGCCGGUCUGAUUGAUGACGUCUUCAACCUGGCGAGAGCGGGGUAUUUGCCCCAAAACGUCCCCCUGCAGAUGAUCUCAUAUUUGUCUCAGGAGACUGAGUUUCUGCCAUGGCAUGCUGCUAGUCGAGCUCUUUACCAGCUGGACAAACUCCUGGACCGCACUGAAGACCACAGCCUGUUCAGCGACUAUGUUCUUAGACAGGUGGAACCGAAGUAUCACAAGUUGGGCUGGCCAGCCACUUCCCCCGAGGGCUCCUUCAUGCAGGCGUCUUAUCAGACCGAAGAGCUUCAGAGAGAGGUAAUAAUGCUGGCCUGCAGUUUUGGAAACAAACACUGUCACCGGCAGGCUGUUUCUCUCAUUUCAGACUGGAUUUCCAGCAACAAGAACAGGAUUCCACCCAACGUGCGGGACAUUGUGUACUGCACAGGUGUUUCUCUGAUGGAUGAGGAUGUUUGGGAGUUUAUCUGGAUGAAGUUUCACUCCUCUACAGCCAUCUCGGAGAAGAAGGUUCUUCUGGAGGCCUUGACCUGCAGUGACAACAUCUUCCUGCUCAACAGGCUCCUGAAUCUGUCCCUCACCUCUGACCUGGUGCCGGAUCAGGAAGUGAUCGAUGUCAUCAUACAUGUGGGCCGCAAUCCGCUUGGAAGACAUUUAGCAUGGAGAUAUUUCCGCGAGAAGUGGGACAUAUUGAAUUCCAGGUAUGGAGAAGCCUUAUUUAUGAACUCAAAAUUAAUCAGUGGCGUGACAGAGUUUCUCAACACUGAGGCCGAGUUGAAUGAGCUGAAAGAGUUCAUCCUGACCAGCGGGGGAGAGUCUGCACCUGCGUUCGCUCGAGCCGUUGAGAUCGUUCAAGCGAAUGUAAAAUGGCACAUCCUGUUCCAGCAACAGUUUUACCGAUGGCUGCGGAAAGCUCCUGAUGGUUAAUGCAACAUCAAGUAUGGAGCGCUCUAUUAGCAUGGAAACUCAUGGCCAGUGACGUGGGGAGAUAUAAGUGAAAUAAAAAAAAUCGAAAAAACUAUUCUGGACAGCGAGAAUCAACAAAAUUGAGCUUUUAUUUCCCUGCUGUUUUUGAAACGACCAGGCCCUCACAGACCAGGAUAAAAUGAAUGGCUGAAAAACACUGAAGGAAUCAAUGUCGGAAAUUGCAUGAUGGCAUACGUCAGUAGCGACAGACAAUUUACAUUCCAUUUCCCCUCGUAUUUUGCAUGAAAGUCAUUUCCUUCUUGCCGUCAUUCUGUUUUUCCUGAAGUUUGACCUUUUCUGAGUCCUGAGAGUAUCGGAUUUGCUUUGAAGACCAGAUGACGGUAUAAAGAGAUUGCUCUUCGGUAUAUAUAAACACAAUUUAGAUUAAGCACAAAUAUGUGACAAUCAGUGUUUUGAUUGGAACAGUACGAGGAGGACAAAGAGAAGUAUUCAUGUAGCCUUUUCUCUCUCCAAAGCCAUAAAGAGGAGCAGACUGAAUUUUAUCUCUUGUACAGAUGGUGUUUAUUGUUUGAUCAAUUGACGGCACUCAACGGGCAUCAGAAGAGGAAAUAUUCUAGUCAACGUUUGGAGGGUUUUCUGCAGGUCCUGACUGGAGCGGUCAUGGUCGAACCUGAAGGUGUCUUGGAUCAUUUGCAUUUUCAUAGUGUUACUCUUUGCUCUCCAGUUUUGGAGGGCAUGUCCUUGAAUAUGGUAUGUUUGUUUUAAGUGGAAAAAAUAAUCAGCGUGUCGAUAUUUUCAUGUUUGAAUCAUUGAUUCGCUGGAAGGAGGUCAACGCAGUGCUGCGAUGUUAUCUUUAUGAGUCGUGGAUAAUGUGAGCUUCUGAAAUGUAUGGUUGUCAUGGAUACCAAUUAUAAAGGUUUUCAUAGUUUUAUCCUUGUUUUGUU